CCCGUUAAUGUCACGUGAGAUCAGCCGGUGGUGUGAUCGGCCACGGAUUGAAAUUGUAACCACAUUGUUUUUUUACAAUCAUUUGCAAUUACACAAAUACAGUAUGCGACUAUUUUUAAAGUAAAUAAUUUGUAACAAUAAAAUUUAAUUGUUGAAAAUGUCUCGUAAAAGGGCUCGAAGUCAACCAGAGGAUUGUAACGGAACAUUAACGGAAGGAUUUAAAAUAAGGCAACCUAUAAGUAUGUCGAUAUCAAAAGAAGCACCGUUUAGUCAUGAUCCCGAUGCAAUGCUUGAACGUGAAAAAUGCGAUUACAAUAUUAAAAUUACAUAUAAAAUGGCGAAAAGUGGUAAUGCACCGCGACCUGUACGAGUUUAUGCUGAUGGUAUUUACGAUUUAUUUCAUCAAGGACAUGCACGCCAAUUAAUGCAAGCCAAAAAUUUAUUUCCGAAUGUUUACCUAAUUGUUGGAGUGUGUAGUGAUGAACUUACGCAUGCUCGUAAAGGACGAACGGUUAUGACAGACUCAGAACGUUACGAAGCAGUGAAACAUUGUCGCUAUGUAAAUGAAGUUGUUCCAGACGCUCCAUGGGAACUUGAUGAUGCUUUUAUUGAGAAACAUAAAAUUGAUUUUGUUGCACAUGAUGAAAUUCCUUAUAUGACCGAAGAUAGUAAUGAUAUUUAUGCACCACUUAAAGCAAAAGGAAUGUUUGUUGCUACAGAACGCACAGAAGGUGUAUCAACAUCCGAUAUAGUCGCAAGAAUAGUACGAGAUUACGAUAUUUACGUUCGACGAAAUUUAGCACGUGGUUAUUCAGCAAAAGAAUUAAAUGUAUCAUUUUUAAGUGAGAAAAAAUUCCGGCUACAAAAUAAAAUGGAUGAAUUAAAAGAUAAAGGUAAACGUGUGAUUGAAAAUAUUGGUGAAAAACGUGUUGAUAUGAUCCAAAAAUGGGAAGAAAAAUCACGUGACUUCAUUGAUGCAUUCUUAUUGUUAUUUGGACGAGAUGGUCGAUUAUCACAUAUAUGGAAUGAAUCAAAAGGUCGUUUAAUGCAAGCAUUAAGUCCUCCAAACUCACCGUCACGAGACGGUUCACCAGCAUCAUCGACACAUUCCUCCAACGGUGAUGAUAAUACGAUAAAGAAUGAUCGAGGUGAAGAAAUCGCACCACCACGUAAAUCUGCUCGUUAUGAAAUAUCUCCUAGUUCCUCGACGUCGUUAAAAUCAAAUAAACAUAAAUAUUAUACCGCUGAUUUUUCCGACGACGAAGAAGACGAAAACGAUAGACAGUCAAAGUGAAAAAUGUUAUAAUAAAAAGAGCCGUGGAAACUGAAUUUUUGUAUUGCUUUUUCUUUCUUAUUUUUAGAAGUUGUCAAUUUGAAAGAAAAAUAUUUAGUUAAUAUUUUUUAAGGAUUUUGAUUUUAUCACAAGACGUAUUAAUAGCUUUUUGCAGGACAACAAAUAUUUAAAAAUAAUAUUUAUUAUAAAAAAAAAAAAUAAUUUAAUACGGGACUGCAUCAAAUUUAAUGCAGUGAAGUUUAUUAGUGGCACAAAUGUUUUGUGUAAUUUUUGUUUUGUAAAAAAAAAAAAAAUAUUGACAGUAAAAAAGUUUUGUCCUUUCAAAAAUGUUUCGUACUUCAUUCCUUCAUACUUUCAAUAAGGAAAGAAUUAUCCGAAAUUCAGCCAUCAUAAAAUAAACUGUCGAUAACGUUGCCAGCUGUCGUACCAUAAGGUAAAGAAAAUAUUUAAAUUUGAUAGAAAAAAUAUACAAGUAAGGUUUACUUAACGAUCAUCACGAUUGCUUUCAAUAUUUUCAAUCAAAAUUUUCAUAACCAUUACAUUUAUGAUAACUCUGUGGAAGCAAAGCCUGUUCAAAAGAUGUUUCUCAAAUGUAAUUAUUUGUAACGGGCAUUUUAAUUCUGAUUGCUACAAAAAGUUUGCUUAUUAGCCUGUAGUUAGGUGUAAUUUCAGAGCGUUUUGAUAUUGUUAAGUAAAUUUUACGAUUAAAAUCUCGAAUUGAUAUAUUCUGAUAAAUUAUAAAGGAUUACAAAAUUGUUUACUGUCAAAAUAUUUAUUUAAAAAAUAUAGGAGCUAUAAUCACGUAAUGAGUUUCUACCUCAUUUUGUAAAAGAAAAAAUACUUUUUUAUAUCUAUCCACUAAAGCCUAGGGGGCAUAAGGAGGGAUCUAUCGCAGUAGGUAAAUCAUAUGAUUACAUAAAACGAUUAGAUUUUUUAGAAGGAUGCCAAAUUCAUCUAGCUUUAAAAACCGCACGAAGACUACAAUAAAUUAAUCAGUUUUGGUUUGCUCUGGCAAAUGUUUUGUUAUUUGUCACAGGAAGACAAAAUAUUUCUUGCAGUUGUCAAAAGUACACAUCUUAACCUUGGUAGAACUAGAUAAAAUAUGCUCUUUUGUAGAUUUUGUACAACAUUUGAAUCAGGAAGCGGGAAAAAGAUAAAAUGGCGUCGUCCUACAUCGAGCAUACCUUGUCUAGUUCUACCAAGAUCUUAUCUAUGUUGUUGGGCAAAGAUUAUCCUCAGUGUAUCAAUUAUGUCGUUGCCUGUUGUCAUAGAUUUCUCUCUGUGUGACCCGGCCUUAAAUAAUUUGUUAUUUAAUAAUAAUCAACUUGCAAAUUUCUAGAAAAAAAUGUAAUUCGUACAUUGGAAUUGAAGAAAUUUGUUGUAAUUUUUUUUUUUUUUUUGAACAGUAAAAUAGUAAACAAAAUUAUAAUUGAUCGAGUUUAUGACUAUUUUUUUCAAUCAAGCAGUUUAUUCGGGUCUUGUAAAGUGGCUAAAGCUUUGCAUUCGUUAUUUUAAAGAGCUUAAUUUUAUUUCGCUUUUUAAUAUUAUAUAAAUAAUUUAAGAAAUGAAGAUGGAUAAAGACCGAAAGGUUGCAAUUCUAUGGAACAAUAUGAUUUUUUAUGGAACCCGCCUCAAAAGCGUCCACGAAUUCUUCAAAAUAUUAGGCUCUACAUUAUUCUGUAUCUAAGA